CGCCGAUGUCAUUUUUGUUCGUCUGUGCGUCGUGUUUGUUUUCGUGUGCGAUCGCCUGUGUGUACUUUUGGCAGGUAAUUAAUCAAAGACCAAUUUAGUGAACAUGAUCUGCAGAUAGAAGUGAUCUCGGCAUGACAGUGUCAAGUGUUCAAUUUACAAAUCUGUGAAUACCCCAAAGCACGCAGACCAUGUCGAGGAUAGGGCGGCCCGGAUCUUACCUUUACGAGGUUUUGUCUUCGAUGAUUCAGAACAAUGUGGACUAUUUCAAGUACAUCGACACUGAAGUUGGAAACAAAAUACUGGACCAGCUGAGCACUAUGCAAGAGCUACUGCAGUGGAUCGAAACAAGCGCCUACCAGACUCUCUCGUCAGUGCAGUCGUUUGACUUUGACGCUGAAACUCCUGCGAACGGAUAUCGAAGUUUUUUGACAGUCAUCGACAGAUACAUUAUUCUGACCACAAAGCUAUGCAGGGCACUUUGCAUCAAACGUGACUCUGUGUUUUUCCGUUCCGAAACCUGCUUGAAAGAGCUCACUGACUAUGUUAGCAUACUACGUGGCCUUAAAACUGGGAUGAGUGUCUUGGUCAAGAUGAUGGAGUUCAGCAAGAGCGGUGACCUCUUUGUAAACCAUAUAAACAUCCACGAUCUCUUCCAAGAGUGUGAUGGCCUGGAUCCGACUGGUUUUUACGGUCGGUGUGUAGGCUUCUAUUAUUGCGAUUCAAUCCGGCGUACCAUUCGUAAAGGCCACGCUGUGAUGGCUGCGUUUAGGGACCAGUACUAUCAGCCUGGGGGCACGUUUACUCACACGACAACAUCUCUAAUUAGCUUUGGAAAAUACCUCAUGGACCCCAGCCUUCGAGCAAAGCAGAUUGUGGAGAUGAGGAGGCAUGUUCAUGUGGAUUUCCUCAAGGCUAUGUGGUCUCUCAAUGAUCUCUACAUCUUCAAGAAAGUGAACAAGCUGGUCUUUACGUCACUUCCGGUCUGCCACGACGUCAUUAUUCCGUUGGAGUUGCAGUCGUUGCCGAGAGAGGGGGACGAAGGGGGACAUUCAUGUAAAGUUGACAUCCCGUACCCUGGUACUCCGGGUACAGUUCCCCCUCCUCUUCAUUGUCGUCUGCUAUCCCUCAUGAUGAGGGACGGACAGCAGUCAUUGCUACCUGCCCAAGUUGCACAUUCAUGUCGUGUCAUGCCUGCGUCUGCAGAGCUUGUCCUUCAUUGUCACGGUGGUGGAUUCAUCGCUCAAUCUGCUGAAUCUCAUGAGAUUUACUUAAGGGACUGGGCAAAGCAACUGAACGUCCCGGUCCUCUCUGUCGAUUAUUCCCUGUCACCCGAAAGCCCCUUCCCCCGGGCUCUCGAAGAAGUCCUCUACACCUACUCUUGGGCACUCAACAACUGCCACAAGUUAGGGUGGACUGGUGAGCGGAUAUGUGUCGCGGGCGACAGUGCUGGAGGUAUCCUCGCCUUAGCACUUUGCCUCAGGACGAUUGAACUGUGCGUGCGGCGCCCAGAUGCGGUAUUCUGUGCCUACACGCCUGUCAUGCUCAAUGCUUGUCCAACACCAUCCAAAGUUCUCAGCUGCGUUGAUCCCCUUGUGCCUCUUGAGUUUCUCUUAACCUGUGUCCAUGCAUACUUGGGCCUCGAGGGAACUCCUGUGGGAGCAGAAAAGCCAGCAGAAGCUGAUACGCAAAAUGAAAAGCUCAUCCAAACAAGCUCAACAAAUGGCAAAAAGGCUUGUACUUCGGCGACCCCGCUGUUGGAAUCGGAGCCAGAUGCAAAAAAUGCCGUAAAGUCCGUCUACCUAUCUGAUCCUUCAACGACUGCAUUUGAGUCCACCAGCACAGACAGCGAUGCUGAUUCCAGUAGCGAACAAGCGAAAGCGGAAGAAGAGCCGCCUGCUGGAGCAGAACGUCCCUUUUGCUAUCAAAAUGCUGCGCGAUAUCAUAAUGCAGACGGCGAAGCCGGAGAAGAAGUCAUCUUCGAAGCCCAGCCAAGUCCAUCCCUGUCAGCGAGGCAGAAAGCAGUUCUAACGACGAAGCCCUACGUCAACAAUGUUUCAUCCGCCUUCGUCAACGAUAAAGCCAACGUGAAAAAGUCAUCCUCCAAAGAGAGGAUACGCAAAGACAGCCUUCCGUGGUUUCACCCGCAAAAUCCUAGCCGCAUGAAGACAAUAGAGGCCAUUGAAAAGAAAGCCAGUAACCCACUUAUUUCACCUUAUUUGGCUCCAGACGUAGUGUUGCAACAGAUGCCACCUGCAUAUUUCAUGUGCCUUCAUUUGGACCCAACCUUGGAUGACACAAUCAUGUUUGCCAAGAAACUCAGAUCACUGGGAUGUACCGUUUCUCUCAAAGUAUUGGAUUUCCUGCCACAUGGAUUUCUGAACCUGUUCCCUCGUGGUAACGAAGCUCAGGAAGGGAUAGAGUGUUGCGUAGACAUGAUACGAAAGGCCCUGAAACUGACACACGAUGUUUGUGAGUAGGAGUUGUGGACACACGUUUCUGUCUCUCGGCGUGUGCUACGUAGAUAAAACGGUGAAACGGCGUUGCUUCCGCUUAAUGUGAUGUUACAUCGUUACGUGUUAGUGGCCAAAUGUAGGAUACUGUACUGUAUUUAUUCCUAGUGCAGCUUGAGUGAUAUUUUAGACACUUUCACGCGACAAGCUCGAGUGACAGUUUGAGGAAGUCGCGGAUUUUAUAAAUAUUAUUUGUAUUUUAACGAUUACUGUUCUAUGGGCUGUAUGCUCCGAGGGAGAACACAAAGUGUUUACUUACGUAGCGCUGCUCUUAAGUCACGUUGUCACAAUCAUGUUGUGUGUCAAAUCAAAACUCGUCCUGAUGUCCACAGCCCAUGUACUUUGUGUAGCUGUGAUAAUGUUUCUCGUACAUGUGACAUGUUUACAUGGCUGUGUCAGUUAUGGAUAGUGCCUUGUCUACAGAUGUUGAACACACGCGAUUUUGCUAUACAUUUUAUGAUGGGUCACAUAUGACGUGCGUUAUACAGUGUGUAGUUUUUUUUAUCCUUUACAGAUUUAAAAAAAAUACUGUGCGAGCAGCACUGAUGCCGUUUUUAGUUAUGCCAUGGGUUACGCGACCAUGCGG